AUGAGAUUAAAUAUUCUCAAAGAAAGUUUCUCUACAUUCCUGAAAUCUGGAGACAAAUCAUACUUUAAAUAUGGCCUGGUUGAUUGCAAACUCAAAGAUAUUUCAUUCUAAUUUAAAACACCUUAAUUUAAAGAUAUCGCCCAAUAAUAUUACGAAGCAUAUGAGAAGAAAGGCGAUGAAUAUGAAAAAUUGAAUGAAGAAUUAUAAUAAUGGAUCCGACCCGAAUAUCUUUAGGAUGUGUCUCAAAUAAUGAAUCAUUUUAACAUGUUAGAUUUGUCUGCCUGGUAAAACUUGGUUGUACAAAUAUGUAAUAGCUUAGAAACUAUUCCACUCCAAGAAAUGAGCAUCACUCUCAAAUAAAUAUUCCUUUUCAUGAAUAGAAAGUUUAGAAUGUAAGAAUCAACGGUAGAGUAAUAUCAUUAUAGUGAAUAUGAUCUCCCUCUUGUUUUUACAGAAAAAUAGUUGUUUACUAUUCUCAAUUAAAUGAAAUUCGACCAAACUCAAGUAAACGAUUACUUAGAUGCUCUGACUACUCUACUUAAUAUAUUUUUCAAAUUCAGUCGAAUUUAACCAAUAUCCUUUUAUGAUGUUUAUGAAGUAGUUAGAAACAAACUCUAAAUUGUAUUAGAUAAACAUCUAAAUGAAUUAGAUCUUAAUAAUUCAAUAACCUUGUAUUAAAGUUAUGGAUCUGAACCCAAAAUAAUUUAAUAAAUUAUUCAUAAAGUAUAAUAACUUGAUUCUGUAAUUCCUCAUCGAGAAUUGGAUAGAAUUUUAGAAAUAUGGAAAACCAAAGGAAGUAUAGAUUAGGAUUUGUUACUAAUUUUAAAAUCUGAAAUUCUAUAUUAAAUUAAUUUGACCAAUAAAUAUCAAUAAAAUAAAGUGUUUUAGAGAAUAUUUGCUUUAAUCUAUGCAAAUGUUAAUGAUGCAGAAAUAUUAAAUGUUAUAGAAAAAAAACUAUUAAAAUCUACUCAAUUGCUUGAAACUAGAAACUAUUCAUUUUAAAAUGGUUAUUUAACUUGCAUUAAAAUAUUAAAACUACGACAUCCUGAAUUGACACUACCUGACAUCAAAAUGAAACCUAAGAGUGUUAGUAAAUAGAUGUAAAAGUCCUUAUAAGAAAAUAUACUAAUCAAUUUCUUCAGACAAUAUGUUAAAUCGUUAAGUGAAAAAGUAAAAAUUUAAGUUGAUGCUCCUUGCUGGAUAUAUUUAAUAGAUGUGGCAUUGUUGUUUCAAGAUGCUAAAAUAGCAUUUGAACUAUCAGGUUCAGUUUAUUUCAGAGGCAACAACUUAACUGGUAAGAAAUAGGCCAAAAAGGAAAUUAUGAUUUCUGAAGGAUGGAAACCGAUAUUCCUUGGAAACUAGGAAAAGAUUUUAUUUAAUAAUUUUAGUUUCAAUCAACAAUAAUUACCAGAAUAAAUAGAAAAGUUAUUUGAUGAAUUAUUUGAGAAGGCCUUGGGCAGGAAAGUGUAGAAAAAAUAAGAUUGA